AUGUCCAAACCCCGCGUCGCCUGGAUCGGCCUCGGCAACAUCGGCCGAGGCAUGAGUCUCAACAUCGCCAAAAAAGGGCCCCAGCGCGGCCCGAUCCUGCUGUACAACCGCACAGCCGCACGCGCAACGACCCACGCCGCAAAACUCCCCAACGCGCAAGUCGCAGGCACAAUCCCCGAAGCCGUAACCAAGUCCGACGUGAUCUUCACCUGCGUCGGGGACGACGCAGCCCUCGACGCCAUCGUCUCCGCCAUCCUAGACACACCCGCCGAUCUCAGCGGUAAGACCUUCGUGGACUGCUCGACCGUGCACCCGGACACAUCGCGGCGAGUCGAGAAAGCGCUCGAGGCGCGGGGGGCAGGGUUCGUGGCGUGUCCGGUAUUCGGGGCGCCGAAUAUGGCGGAUGCGGGGCAGAUGAUAGUGGUUCCGGCGGGGAAGCGGGAAGCGAUUGAGAAGGUGGCGGGGUUCUUUGAUGGGGUUGUUGCGAAGAAGACGAUUGAUUUGGCUGGGGGGAGUGGAGCGGAUAUUGAUGUGGGGAAGGCGGCUACGCUGAAGGUCCUAGGGAACACGUUUAUUCUGAAUACGGUUGGGGUGUUGGCGGAGUCGCUUGUUGCAGCUGAGGCGUCGGGGCUUGGGGUUGGGCCGUUGAAGGAAUGGUUGGGGCUUUUUGCGCCGGGUCCGUUUGCCAAUUAUGCGGAGCGGAUGACGAGUGGGGAUUAUUAUCAGAGGGAGGAGCCGCUUUUUGCGGUCGAUCUGGCGAGGAAGGAUUUGCGACAUGCUUCUGGGAUUGCGAGGGAGGGGGGAUUGCGGAUGCGGAAUGUUGAGGUUACGGAUGAGCUGUUGCGGGAUGUUAAAGCUGAGAAGGGAGAGAAGGGAGAUAUCGCUGCUGUUUAUGGAGCUGUGAGGAAGGGAGCCGGGAUGGAGUUUGAGAACCAGUGA